AUGGUUGGAGUGCCCCGAAGCAAAGGCUGCAGCCUCUGCGUUAAGCGUAGGAUAAAGUGCGAUGAAGGCAGGCCCCAUUGCGGAAACUGCAGGAAGUAUGGUGCAGAAUGCCCUGGGUAUAGCAAAGAGUUCAAAUUUGUAGCUGGGAGACCUAGUCGUGAAAGGCGUCAUCGCAAAAUCCAAAAUGAAGACAACCCUUUCCAUGAGACUAUCGUCAACUGGAAUAGAUGCCCCACUUCGAAAUCUCCCGAGGAAAGGGAAUCUAUUAUGCAACUCCAGGUCCGGAUCCUAGACGGCGUGACAUUUCCGGAUCGCCUGCAAUCGCCCGACCUUUGCCUACAACAAGGCCUUUCGUUCCUUAUUGGGCACCUGCAGCCGGCUACUCAGAGUGCCGCGGGCCAUAUGGGCCUUAUCAGCUGGUUAUCAUUCUUGCCAACACACCCAUUUACCAACGAAGGGUUGAACCGCGCAGUUCGCUGCUUUGUAGCCCAUCAGGUUGGAAGAAUAAGCAACGACCAGCAAAUGAUUCACUAUAGUCGAACUGAGUAUGUGCACGCCUUGUCGAUGCUACAGAGAGCACUUCGAAGCCCAACGAAAUGGAAUUCAUCCGAAACGUUGUGCUCUGCAAUACUUCUGGGAGUCCACGAGCUCUUCGCUGGCUCGGUAAGCCGCGAGUCCUGGAUGAAGCAUGCAAGCGGCAUUGGAAAGCUGGUGCAAGCUCGCGGACCAGAAUGCCAUCGCACCAAGUUUGACAGCUGCAUGCUCAAAUCGUUUCGAGGAGUCAUAAUUAUGGAUGCAAUGUUCUCCGGAAAGGAUUGCUUCUUAGAAGAGAAGGAGUGGCAGGCAGUUACUCGCGAGCGAUUAGAUGGCAAAGACCCCGACGAAGUCUACGAACUCCUUGAAGAUCUCAGUUUUUAUUUAUCACGUUGCCCUACCCUUGUCCGGCGUGGAUACGAUUUACGAGAAGCAAACAUGAAGGGUGCCAUGCCAGAUAUGGCCGAUGUGUUGGACCUCAGCACCAAAACUCUUCAACUCUACCACGAGUUCCAACCUUGGUUCGCAAAGUUUACGUCCAUUGUGGAGGCACCAACAGAAGCGGUUUCGGCACGCGCUGACUCUCUCUAUAAGGUGAUUUACCAGUAUUCGGACUUCGCCAUAGGGACAGCCUAUCUGGCAUAUUGGGCUUGCAUCAUUAUCAUACAGGAGAUUCUCACAUCUUGCCACUACCCAGAAGACUUUUCAGCAAAGAGCGAGGAGCUAGCAGACAAUAUCUGCAAAUCCGCGGAGUGUCUAGGAGAAGGUCCUUUUGGAGCCUAUCGUAUGGGUUUCUCUCUCCGGAUUGCGUACGAAGUAAAUAAUAUCACAAGAAGGAAAUGGAUCAAGGACUUGGUAGAUGGGUUUUCAAAGACUUAUGCUGCAGUUAACCCGGACGGCUACCCUAGCACGAGUCCACCACCCUCCCUGGACGUCACCGGCUGGAUAAUCGCUCUCCCUGCGAUCAACAACAGCAUUAUCGCAACCUCCAUCGCAAAGGCCAUCCCAGCUUGGAAUUGCCAGUCUCCCAGAAUGGGGCUAAACCUGGCAGAUCCAAACUCAGCCAACAUGAGGUAUGUAACCCUUACAAUUAAGAACGGUAUCACAGUCCCCGCCACCAACAAUGCCUUCUGUCCCGCAUCCGAACACAACGGCGCCCGCUUUAUAAAUCGUGAGGCGGAGGGUGAAGGCGGAGACUACGAUAAGGACAGCUGCGAUCACGAGCGGAAGGCGGGACCAUAG